GCCAACCGCUAGAUCGCACUGGAGUCGCAGGCGUAUGCGAUGCAAUGUGAGUGAAACAGUUGAGGUGUAGUUCGCAGUGAGCUGAUGCGACAAUUUUGAGUGUGUUCAAGUGUCCAGUGAUGAUUAAAACUGCAGUGAUGGAUUCCGAAGUCUGCUAGACGGCCAUGGACGCCUGGGUUUUGCUAGCGUUUACUUCGAUUGCUGGCGUCGCAGGCACGGUAGAGGUACACUUUGAGAACAAGGAUGGCGGGUUCUUCUUGAAGCACACGCCACGCCAGCACUACCCCGCAGUAGCCGAUCUAUCGGGCCUGGGCGGCAAGGAGAGUCCAUCCGAUGGCUCCACACUGCUCAGCAUCGACAGGUUCACGGUGUUCCAGACCUCACAACCCAUGUCGGUCCGUGCCACCUAUGGACCCUUCUCCACCAAACAGACCGUGCCCGCCAGGUACAUAGUGCCUGACCCUAUGCCGAUGAACGCGUCCAGUCUCUCGCUGGACAUGGACCUGUCCGGGGGCCAUCAUCUGGACAUGAGUGCGCACGUCGUCCGCCCGGAGAUCCCUCGGGAUUCCCCAGUCCUCAGGGUACUCUUCCACACGGGCGCCGACCCUAGGCUACCCAGGCACCAGCAGCAGGUCUGUAUCCUGGUGCAUGCCGUGAUGGGGGACCGGCCAGCCUUGACGGCCGCCUGCAGUCCUGAUGGGGAGGACGGCGUGUGCCUGGCGGAGAUCACCGUCCCGGCGUCCUGGUGGGCACCUCUACCCCUGCCAGACGCCAGUGGACGCCCAGGCAAGCCUGUCAAGACUCCACAGCGGUCUGUCAAGGUGUCCUAUUCUGUACUAGAGCCCCGCGGCUCGGACCUGGCCGAGUGUCUGCCCCGGGUGCAGAUACAACCAGUUACGCCCCUGGCCUCUGUACCUCUCACCCACGCCAGGUCGCAGUACCGCGAGGUCAGAACAGACGACAUGCUCAUCAUGAUGUUACCACAUUCCGCCCUCUUCCCUCGCUCCAGGAUUCACGUUCCGGUGUUCCUACAAGCGAAGCCGGGCUUCCCAGUUUCUGGAUUUAUCUUGAGGGCCAGAGUGAAGAGUGGGCUCCGAGUCCUGGGGGCAGAAUGCAGUGACAAGGAAUCAUGGAAUACUAGCCUGGAUGUCAACCCCAAGCAUACGGUUGCUACGGUAACAGCGUUCCGGCGUUCCUUCGACACCGACAUGGCCGAAAAGAGAGUUGUACCCAGGGUGGAGGAGGUGUUCACUUGGCUGCUGGAGGUUGUGGAGGACUCAGCUGACCUGUGGGACGAAGGAAGACUGGUCUGGAGUGUCCGCUACGUGCGAGAGGGUCAGGAGAGGGGGAGGGGGAAUUCUCACCACCGCAACGCUCCUGGCACCACAUCCCCUUCUCAGGAGGAAAGGAAGAAAAUCACAGCACGCCUCGAGAUACAGAAAGAUGACAUACAAGCUGUCCUCCCUAUAUCUAAGAACUGGGAGGUGAUCAACACAGCAGUGCUGACUGGGCGGCAGGUGUCCCAGGCCAUGAAGGUGUUCAUAGUCAGUCAAGCAGGGAAGGUAGCAGAUGUCACUCUGCAAUCAUCGUGCCAUUCUGAGGAUGAGAGUGUGCUCAAGGUUUCUUCGUCGUGCAGUUCUGUGUACGUUGAUGGUUCUGAGAUCCGUGGCUCAUGGAACGCAUCUGUGCUGGUUAAAUACGGAACCUACACCGGACUCGCUCGCUUCACUCUGUGGAUGCCCGAGUUUCCACUGGAGGUGAAUGUCGCUGACUUUCGUCUCAGUCAAAUCAAAGGCUGGAGAGUUCCAGAUGAGCACUUCAGGUACCACUCGCUCUUCAACUGUUCCUUGUGUAGCGACAGCAGGAGUACCAACAAGAUCAAGCGCAGUUUGAGUGUAGAGGACAAGAGGUGGGUGGGGAUCGGAGGAGGGAUAAAUACCAUGGUGGCCGAGGAUGUAGACAACGGAGUUGAGGAUGAUAAACAUUCCUUCUGCCGACUUCGCUACCAACAGAGUCCUGUUGAGGUGUUCGCUCGGUUCCUGGCAGCGGAUCACGACUCGGGCCGAGUAAGCUACCUAGUAUCUCGCCGCACCUGGCUGCGAGUCACAGACCUCGUGUUGAGUCUCCUCCGAGUCUCAGACCCCCGGAUAGCGUCACUCCAUGGUCGCAUUGUGCAAGGUCGCAGCGUAGGCAGGACAGAAGUACAGGUAUUGUCAGCCAUAACGGGUCGAGUGAUUGGAGCUAAGGAAGUGCGGGUAGGCAGCGACAAGGUAUCCGUGAGCAAACUGCGAGUGAACAUUGUAUCUGGAUUGCAGCUCAAUAUCUCCCCAGAUACUGCCAUCGACAACGGAUAUAUCGCAGAGACCUCCGUCACUAGAAAGCUGACCGCACAAUACCAGGAAGGUCUGCUGGAUAUGGAGAUGGAGUUCUCUGACGGCUCCACUACACCUCUCCGGGACAUCUCACUCGCUGAUUACUCACUAGUGGUGGACAGUCUUAGUCCAGAUGUGGUGGCAUUCGCACCAAACGCGUUUUCACACCCACGAGUCAUUGCAGUGGGGGAGGGACGGGGAGAGUUGUUACGAGUUGCACUGCUGACGCCUGACGAGUGUCGGACUGGAGCGGCCAAACGGACCCCGCCUCUCAUAUCUGCAACUGCUCAAGUACAAGUGGACUUUGCCAGCAACCUUCUCCAGCAUCGACCUGACUUUGUACAGAACGAUGGAGGAGCCAGCAUAGGCCGAGAUCGCAAGACACACAGAGAGACAGUCGACCUACAUGACAUACUUAUAGGUAUCCCCCUGAAAGAUGAGAACAACCACGAGCCGACGGUCCAGGCAAGACAACACCACUCAGGUUCUGGCGGCUCGGCCCCUGCUCACGGCCCUGCGCGCCAUCAUGCUAACAUGCGCAUGACACCACUGGAAAUUGGCAUGUACGUGCUACUCGCUGCCUUCUGCUUCGCCAUCGUUGUCUUUGUCGUCUCCUGUGUCGUGUAUGCUUCCAAGUUCAAGCCACAGGCCAUGAUGGUACCCCCAGACCUGCCACCUGAGCCAGUGGGUAUAUGUGGAGCAAGCAAGAGUGUUCCCAAUGGCAGCCCUAACGGGGUUCUGCUGCCUCGCAAGCCCACCCAGCCCCCGCCACCCCAACCUCAGGAGCCCACCACUAAUGCCCACGACUGGGUGUGGCUGGGGCGAGCUACACUAGAACGGGCCUCUGGCAUGUUAGUGCCUGCUGCAGUUAAUAACAAUGCCCACCGGGCUAUGAGGAUCACCGCCAACCCCUCAUACAGCCCACCGCCUGCUAUAGACUCAUCCACUUACUGCAAGGACCGGCCCCGCCACAGAGCACAUCCUGCUGACAACUUUUGGAACCUGUCACCUACUCCACCACCUCUCCCUCCGCAUGGGGUAAUGUUGGAGCGAGGAGAGAAUGGCGAGGCUGAGUACCGCCCACCGGUCCCACCCCACCGCAACAUUGGUGUCUCAGCCAGAAUGAACCGGCAGCCCUCUCCCCUGGGUGAACCGAUACCUGCUGAACAGCUGCGUAUGUCACCUGGUCCCAACAUGUCUAAUAUGAACAUGAAUGAGAACAUGUUGCCAAGGGUGAACAAGCCCAUCGAGGUUAACAUGGCGGCAAGGGCGUUCAAUCGGGGUGGAAAAUUACCAGACAACAAUGGACCCCGGAGGCACCACCAUCAUCACCACCACCAUCACAGAAACAGUGGCAGCAAAGGUGGCCGCCACAGUCGCACCAACGAGCCAGACCUGACCCGGCCUGCUGCACCCAGCUUGAUGGAGGAAGGGGAUGAUCUUCCUGAGGCAUUCGUGGAAUACAAUACAAGUCCACCGGAGGUGAAGAGGGCGACGAUAGUUGGCAAUCCGAUGUUCUCUGCGGAGGAGCGGGGCGAGCAGGACCGAGCACGCGAGGACUUGCUCGCCCUGGAGGACCUCAACCUGGGGAUGGAUUACCAACAGAUUAUGGAGUACUUUGACAAUCUGAAGGAGUCCAACGCUUGACUUGGCACCUCGGUUGCGAAGAUGACGCUCAAGUAGCGGAUUGCGUAACGCUUCAACCGGACUUAACUAAUAGCAUUUCUCAGGCAAGAGAGGAAUGUAAUAUGUUAGAAACAUAUGAGAGAAACUUUUAAUGUUUAAUGUCUUUCAUUCAGAAAUUUCAAACAAAAGUUUUGUUUUUAAAACAAAGUAAUGCAUUAAAUAAUAAAAGUAUAAAUGGUUCAAAAUACAAUAUUCUUUUAUUAAUUUGCUUGAUAAUAUUGAAUUAAAUUAUUUAUUCUCAAUAAUUUUAGAGGUCACUAAAAGUAGUGUUAAUUAUUUGGAGUGGAAUAUUCUUAAUUCAAUUUAGAAUGAUUUUUAAUGAAUUUCAUUCAAGAUUUUAUAAUUUGAGUGAAUUUAUAAACAUAAAAAUUAAUAGUAUUAUUAAGGUAAUAAUGA